UACUCUUACCUCAUAUUGAUCUCAUUCUUUCUUGAACUUGUGACAACUGUUUAUAGUUGCUCUCUCUGACAACAAAGAUAAGAGUGCUCAUUUUUCAGUACCUUCUCACAAACUGAGAUAGCAAGAGAGAGAGAGAAUCAUAAGCACCUUGAAGAAUACUUUAUGGAGCAUCACAUUGAGUAGUCCUUGAAAUGCUCAAGUUUUUCAUCCUUAAAUCUCCACUAGCAUUCAUUGGAGAUUGAGUUGACCAAAUAUCAAAUUUUCAGCAUAAGAAAGAAGAUUUAAUUAAUGGGAAUCCAGCAAAAGAAGUUCAUUUCUUUCCUUUUUCAAGCAUGUAUUUUUUUGUUCUUAUUUCCUCUUCUUAGUACAUCACAAGACCACAAGGAUAUUAUAAGUAGUAGUCAUUCAACAAACAAAGACAAUCACAUUAAGAUGAGUUCAAGACUUCAAUUUGAAAUUACAUUACAUGGUUUUCUCUUGUGGGCUUCAAUGGGAUUCUUGAUGCCUAUUGGUAUACUUGCUAUUAGAUUAUCAAACAGAGAAGAAAAUCCAAGGUGGCUUAGAAUUUUAUUCUAUGUUCAUACAAUUUUUCAGAUGGUUGGUGUACUUCUUGCAACAGCAGGAGCAAUCAUGUCUAUAAAAAAUUUCAACAACCUCUUCAACAAUAAUCAUCAAAGAUUAGGGGUUGCACUUUAUGGUGUUAUCUGGCUACAAGUCCUAGUUGGUAUCUUCAGACCCCAAAGGGGAUCCAAAAGAAGAAGUGUGUGGUUUUUUGCACAUUGGAUACUUGGAACUGCAGUUACAUUCUUGGGUGUUCUAAAUGUAUAUAUUGGUUUAGCAGCCUACCAUGAGAAAACAUCAAAAGGCAUAACGACAUGGAAUAUACUUUUCACUAUUCAAAUAUCAUUAAUUGUAUUUUUCUACCUAUUUCAAGAAAAAUGGGUCUACAUACAAAAACAAAGUGUGAUUUUGAGCAAUGAAGAAAAUGUUCAAAUUGAAAAAAAGGAGAUUGUAUUGAAGGGUGAAACUUGUUAACAACAAUGGUUGAUCCAAAUUUCAACAUAGUAUAUACAAGUGUUUUGAAACAUAUUAUAGAGUACUAGUGAAUGUAAAUUUUUCAUUCAUUUAGGAUAAGAAACGAUUCCUAUUGCUUUUUUAUUAGGAAAGACAUAGCCAUUCAAAGAUUGUAAGAUAAAUAUUUGGUGACUUGAAUAUUAUUUUUUUCUUGGUUCAGAUGCAAAUUCAAGAAUUUAAAUUACUAAUUCUUGGAGAUCA